AAACCCCACAAAGCAUCACCAAAAGCGUCUACAAAAACCAAGAAGUUCGCGGAACGAGCUCGCAUAGCGGUCGGUUGUCCACGUACGUCGAACCGUACGAUGCAUACCGAUCGCAACUUAAUUUAAGUGUCACGAUGGCCGGCUACGACUCGUUCUUCCUCGUCUAGAGCGAUCGUCGAAACACUCCUGCGAACCGCGAUCGUUCGCGUGUGCGAUCGAGCAUGAUAUAGGUGUGCGAGCCACCGAGGACGAGCUGGAACCGUUACGAGCCUUUUCGAGACCAGUCUCGUGGCGACGCUCGACCGCGAACCUUGAUCCGGACGAGGAAAAUAGAGGAAUCCGAGGACCCUGUGCUUUUUUUCCCCAGACGACCUCCGACGCUACUUGCGAUUCGCGACGACAGUCUGGCGCAGUCUGAUCGCGCUUUGAGGACUGCGGGUCGAUAAUGGGAUCGAGCUGGCGCUUACUUUGAAAUCUUUCUUUCGAAUUUCUUGUGUGUAAUUACUGGGUAGUUUUUUUGAAUAGUGAGGACAUUUUGGUGGGGAAAUAUGAAGGUGGUUUACGGUUUUGUUGUUGUUCUUCUGUUUAGACAGGCGAUCGCUGGGAUCAUUAGAAAUUCCCCGGCGUUUUCGAAGCCCGUGUACUCGGACUCGUAUCUUCCGGCUGCCAUGCAGGUAAUAUUUCACGCAGUAGAGCAACUAAAACUCAUCCAAUCUGAAGAAACUUCGGAAGCCUCCACGUCUUCAACAUCCACAACCAGUCAACCAGUUGCACAAACUCAGUCCACCGUCCCAGACGACGAAAGUACAACUCCACACGAGAACAUAAAAAUUGACGCACCAUCAGCAGCAAACGAAACACUGAUUGAUAUUGAAAUCUCCACAAGAAGCGAAAUCGAUGAAGAGUCAAUAAACAACGCUUCGGAGGAAUCGAUUGACAGCGCCAGUCACCAGGAAUCGCCGGAGAUCAACCAGGAAACACCGGAAGUGAACUACGCGACGCCAGAAUCGAAUUACGAGGCGUCGGAGGAGGUGCAUCUCGCCGAAGAGGCGAAUCAAGAAGUUCCUGAAGAAAAUCACGAACCGACGGUUUCCUCUCUGGGUGUAGAAACUUCGUUUAUCAAGGAGGUAAACUUAGAAGUUACCACAAAGAGCUCUGGUUCUGGGGAACAUCAAUCAGAUGGGGAGGAAGAUAAGAAACCAAGCAUUGAUAGCGUGGUGCAGGAUAUUUAUGAAAUUAUAAAACCUACUACGUCUAAGUUUGUGGAUGUGGAGGUUUCUGGAGAGUCGAAGAGCAUCUUGGGAGUUGGUGGGGAGAAGGAGACUGGGGAGGACGAAGAGGAUGAGACUAGGUUCACUCGUCUAGGUGAAAAGGUGACGCAAGUUCCAAGGCCAAGUUUAAGCAGCUACUUGCGACGUGCCAACGUGCGACCCAGCGCGACUCUUCAGCAACUAGCGAACCUUUACGACUCCCUGAGUAAGGACGCCAGGAAGCAAGGAUUCGGAAAAUACACAGGCUACUCCGACGAAGUUUUGAACACCCUCGAAACGUCCGCAGAGGGUGGAAUCGGGUCGCAGUUGAAGAAGAUACUGGACAAAGUGUUGGAAAGAAACGAGUUGACGAGGGACGACGCGAGGACGAGGACUCAUCAAGCUGUACGCGAUCUUAAUAAUCCUUCGAGCAUGCUUAAUAAGGAUUUGAGACCUCUGUUGCCUUUAAGAUACUCACCCUAAAUGUAAUACUUACGAUUCAUAAGAUAUUAUUCUUAGAAAUUAAGAAUUUCUUUCGGACUCUGUUUGACGAAAUGUGAGACUAGCAAGGUGGAAAUAAAGUAUAAGUAAAGAAUUAGGUAUAAGCUCUCUUGUAAGAUCUCGAUGUUUAGCGAAAUUAUUAUGAGAUUAAUAUUCCUGUACGAUUGAUACUCAAUAAAGGUUUUAAGACGA